CAAUUCCAGAUAACACCUUGAGGCGGUCUAUGGAGUUCAUCUUAUCUGGAGUAUAAGUACAAGGGCCUUAUAACCACCCCUGAGUCAGCUUAGGUGAGUGUGGUGGUCACCUGGCCUCUUCUACACCUUCUAGUUAACGGCAGGGUGAUGGAGUGUGGCAGGAGCGAGGAGGUGCUGGUGGAGACCAGGAGUCCUGGAGAAGGCGUCGGGGCCGUGUGGCGCCGGAGGACGUCCCUGGAGAAGGCGCUGCUGGGGGUGUCCCUGGUGGCUGUGGUCGCGUGCGUCGCCCUCGUCGGCGUGGUGGCCGUCGGGAGCUCCGGGGUCCCGUCUGACAGUGAGCAGGUUGACAGGCACGCACUGGUCCAGCCAUCACCACAGGAGGCGCGGGAUGUCCCGACAUCAGUCAAGAACCCGACGUCCUCGGGGAAGAAGAAGUCGACCCGACUGCCAGUGUACCACGCGCGCACCGACCAAGGGGCCGACUUUGACAUCUGCAGCAGUGUGGAGUGUACUCUGGCGGCCGCCUCCAUCAUCGAGGCGAUGGAUGCCACCAUUGACCCUUGUCAGGACUUCUAUCAGUUUGCUUGUGGCGGCUGGAUAGAGCAGAACCCAGUGCCUGAGGAAGCAUCGAGAUGGGGCCAGUUUGACCUUCUUGACAGGGAACUCAGCAAUGCCCUCAGCGGCAUCCUGUCGGAGGCACAGAACCCAGAUGACCCCAAGCCCAUUAAUCAAGCCAAAACGUUUUAUGCGGCUUGUAUUAACGAACAGCUGCUGGAGACCAUUGGCGUGGCGCCGUUGACUGACCUGCUCUCCCAGUUUGGCGGCUGGCCCAUGACUUUGACUGACUGGACUGAAGAAUCAUUUGACUGGCAGAACUCCGUCGCCGAGAGCAAGCGUCAGCUCAAUGCAGAUUAUUUGAUAAAUGUUUGGGUGUACGCUGACGAGAAAAACACGGACGUGACAGCUAUAUACAUUGACCAGACGUCUCUGGGCAUGCCUCGAUCAGUGCUCACAACGCCCUUGAACUAUGAGACGAGAAUCACAGCUUAUAAGACCUACAUGGCUACCACAGCUUCCAUCAUAGCCGAAGCUUUGGCACAAAACGCAAGCGCCAUUGAUGCUCAGGUUUCUGAUGUCCUUGACUUCGAAAUGGCUCUGGCCAACAUCACUUCCCCAGCGGAGGACAGAAGAGACAUCAAUCGCAUGUACAACCCCAUGACAGUGUCGGAGCUCAGCCAGUUAACCGCAGGAUCGGACCUGGACUGGGUAAAGCUGCUCUCCACAGUCUUCGGCUCGACGGAUAUUGUCAUCGACGACACCACCAGGGUGAUCGUCCAAGAGAUCGAGUACCUGAAGAAGCUGGCAGCUCUGGUGGCGUCAACGAGCGCUCGUACAGUGUCCAAUUACAUACUGUGGAGGUAUGUGAAGGCCCGCGGUGACGAUACCAACCUGGCCAUGCGCGAGGCGUCCUUCCAGUACGAGAUGGUAGCCAGUGGCGUCACGGCGCAAGAGCCACGCUGGAAGACUUGCGCCGAUGAAACCAACAAUUUCAUGGGCAUGGCCGUGGGGACGAAGUACGUGGAGACCUACUUCUCUCAGCAGGCCAAGGACGAGGCCAGCGAGAUGGUCGAGGACAUCCGCUCAGCUUUCAAAGAUCUUCUGGAUAUCAAUGACUGGAUGGAUGAAGAAACUAAGCCCAAAGCUAUUGAAAAGGCCGAUGCCAUCACCAAGUUUAUUGCCUAUCCGGACUGGUACGGGAACACCAGUGCGCUUGAGUCCUUCUACAGCGGCCUUGAGGACCUGGCCAGCGACGCCCACUUCCUCAACACACUCAAGCUCAGCACCUGGACGAGCGCUGACGAGCUGGGGGACUUUGGUGAGCCGACACAGCGGGACAAGUGGCUGUCUCCCCCCACCAUCGUCAACGCCUUCUACUUGCCGGAGUUCAACUCCAUCACCUUCCCGGCCGGCAUCCUGCAGCCGCCCUUCUACCGCGCCAACUCCCUCCAGGCCCUCAACUAUGGCGGCAUUGGUCAGGUGAUAGGGCACGAGAUCACGCACGGGUUCGACGACGAGGGCCGCCAGAACGACAAGAACGGCAACGCCAUCCCCUGGUGGAGCAACGCCACGCUCGAGGCCUUCCAGCAGCGAGCCCAGUGUAUUGUUGACGAAUACGGCAGCAUUCGUGUCCCGGAAAUUGAUGAAUUGUUGCCGAACGCCACACUUAACGGUGUCAACACUCAGGGGGAGAACGUGGCAGACAAUGGGGGAUUGAGGGAGGCUCUGCUGGCCUACCAGAAGUACAUCGAGCGGUACGGGGAGGAGCCCCGUCUGCCCGGCCUCACCGACUACGACCCCUACCAGCUUCUCUUCCUCUCCAACGCCAACAUCUGGUGCAACUCCAUCACCCGCGAGGCUCUCCUCAACCAGGUCCUCACCGACCCGCAUUCCCCCGCCAAGUACCGAGUGAUCGUCCCCAUGAGCAACAUGGAGCAGUUCUCAGACAUAUGGGGCUGCCCAGCUGACUCCCCCAUGAAUCCCAGUAGCAAGUGUGUGGUCUGGUAGGCUGUGCAAGCCUCCAGUGUCUCAAUAUGCUUCACCCAACCUAGCUCUCUCUCUCUCUCUCUCUCUCUCUCUCUCUCUCUCUCUCUCUCUCUCUCUCUCUCUCUCUCUCUCUCUCUCUCUCUCUCUCUCUCUCUCUCUCUCUCUCUCUCUCUCUCUGUUGAAAUAUAUUUGGAUGGCCUCAUGA